AUCAAAGACGUCAAUUACACACAAUUGAAUCAGAUAAGCUAAAAUUCGACUCAAAAUGUUUCCAAAAUUCCAUAAAUUAAACUCAGGACACAAAAUUCCAUCAAUUGGAUUAGGAGUCUACCUAACUCCGGUCAGCAUUGCAAAGGAAAUCUCACUAGAUGGCUUGGAAACUGGCUACAGACAUAUCGACUCUGCCCAAGUGUAUAAGAAUGAAAGUGAGGUUUGUGACGCAAUUGCAGAAUGGUUGAAAAAAGAUCCUUCAACUAACAAAAGAGAAGACAUUUUCUAUACCACUAAAAUCUUUGACUCCGAUCAUGGAUAUGAAUUGACCAAAAAGGCAAUUGAAGUCUCUCUGGAAAGAGCAAAAGGUAUUGACUAUAUUGACUUGAUUUUGAUGCAUUCUCCAAGGUCUGAUUAUGAAAGAAGACACGGGUCGUGGCUCGCAUUACAAGAGGCAGUGGCCAGUGGAAAGGUUAAAAAUAUUGGAGUUUCGAAUUAUGGCAUCAAGCACUUGAAAGAAUUGCUUGCAUACCCUGACUUAAAGAUCAAGCCAGCCAUUAACCAAAUUGAGAUUCACCCCUGGUUAACCAGAACCGAAUUGGCUGCAUUUUGUCAAACGGAAGGAAUUGUAGUUGAAGCUUAUUCCCCAUUGGUAAGAGGGCAAAAGUUUGAUGAUGAACUCUUAUUGUCGUUGGCGAAAAAAUACUCAAAGACCACCGCUCAAAUUUUAAUCAACUGGUCGUUGUCUAAGGGCUAUGUCACAUUACCAAAAACUGUCACAAAGUCAAGACUCUUGCCUAAUCUUGAAUCGGACCAAUUUAAGUUAUCCCCAGAGGAUAUAAAGGCAUUGGAUGCCAAAGACGAAUAUUUUGUUACUGGUUGGGACCCUACUGUUUACCCUCUUGACAACGAAAAAUAAAUUUAAGAGUACAAAAUUUAUAAAAAAUUCGAAUAGCUCAUUCCAAUUUAUUUUAUAGUAUGAGGAAAAUAAGAAAAAGUCAUUUAUUUGUCAUGUCUUGGAUGCUUAGUGUACGACAUGAAAGAAUCAUCUCUGAACUUUUCUAAAUUUAAUUCUGGUUGAAAAGCCAUGUACAUACUUUCUGGGUCUGCACUAAUGAAGUUAGUGUAGGCUGCUUCAUCCUCGCCAAUCAAUUGCUUCCUGUAAAAUUCGGU